AUGAAGUUGUGUAACCGGGGAGCGCUGAUGCUGGUGACCACGGCGUUGUCGUUCAUAGCGUUCAGCCUGAUGACCAUCGCAGUGGGAACGGACUACUGGCUGUACUCCCGGGGCGUCUGCCGGUCCAAGACGUCGCUCCAUGACAACGAGACCAUCCGCAAGAACGAGGUGGUAAUGACGCACUCCGGGCUCUGGCGCACCUGUUGUCUCGAAGGGACGUUCAGAGGGGUGUGUAAAGAAAUUGAUUAUUUCCUCGAGGAUGCAGACUAUGAGCAGGACGCUGCGGAAUACCUACUGAGAGCAGUGAGAGCCUCCAGUAUAUUCCCCAUAAUGAGCGUAGGUCUGUUGUUUCUGGGAGGAGUGUGUGUGGCAGGCAGCGAGUUCUACAAGACACAACACAACGUCAUGCUUAGUGCCGGGAUACUGUUCGUCUCCGCAGGCCUCAGUAACAUCAUCGGCAUCAUCGUCUACAUCUCGGCUAACUCUGGUGACCCGGGUCAGAGCGACAGUAAGAAGAGUUACUCGUACGGCUGGUCCUUCUACUUCGGGGCGCUGUCCUUCAUCUUGGCUGAGAUGGUGGGCGUCCUGACAGUCCACGUCUUCAUAGAGCGCCACCGACAGCUCCGUACCCGCGGCCGCCGCUCCCUCACCAAACCCGCUCUGUUCCGCUCCGCGUCCUACUACAGCCGCUACAACCGCUACAGACGCCGCUCCAGUUACCGCGGCAACUCGAUAUCGUCGGCGGGGCAGCUGCGACCUCGUGACCCCUCGCCGUUGCCAGCGGCCCUGUCCGUGUCAAAGGUUGUCGCCGCGGGGCCAGUGGGGUCGGAGUUCACCCUGUUCACGUUGGCCCCACACAAACUAACCCCGCCCAACAACAAGAUGGCAGCCGCCGCAGGAGGGGUGGAUGUCGCGAAGAGCGUUUUCCUGUCACCACUGACAAGCAAGACCAACAACAAGGACAUGUUGCCUAGCAACGCUGCCAACAGGAGGACAACACCUGUCUGA